AUGGGAUUGCUAUAUUUGUCAACGAUCUGGAUCGUUAAUACGGUUCAAGCCAACGGAAUCAAGUCAAAAUGUCCAAAAGUUAAGUCAGGAAAAGUAGCAUACUCUGUCAUCAGAUCAAACGGAUUCCAGACCACGACGCUUCAACCUCCUCUCGUGGAUUACCGUUACACAUUCGAAAAUCUCGGACAGCGUCAUUUGGUUUUACGUCAUGUCCACGUAAAGUAUCCAUACCAUACGUUGUCCGUUCAUGAACCAUGGAUGCCUGGCGGCUGCCAAAUAAAUCGCUCGUUUGUAGCCAAAACUAUCGAACAUGAAUCCUGCAUGGUUGCAAUGAACGCAGGGUUUUUCUACGAAAAUGGAACAGGAGCAGGAUGCUUUGGUAGUAUUGUUAGUAAUGGAAGAAUUGUCCGCGAUUCUGGCGGAAUACAAAAUGUAUAUUUUGGAAUUAAAGAAAAUGGGGAUAUAUUUACCGGGUAUCUGACAGAGGCGGACAUGGCGAAAGAGAAAUUCAUUCAGCUGGUGGGUGGAGUUAUCUGGCUGAUACGGAAUGGUGAAGUGAACAUCAAUGAAAGCAUAGAUUACGAAUGUUCUGCACCAUUACCAGUGGCGAUGACGAUGCAAAAUUUCUCCAGCACACUAUCGGCGAGGUCUGCGGUGGCUGUGGACAGGGAAGGCAGGGUCAUAUUGAUGCAAGUGGAUGGAAAUACACAUCAAAGAGGCGUCAACCUGUACGAGUUUGCAGAUAUCCUUUUAAAGUUUGGUGUUGUUCAGGCUGUGAACUUAGACGGGGGAGGCUCAUCGUCUUUAUUGAUCAACAACACAAUGAUAAACCAACCACCGGAUAUAUGUAAAGACGAUGCCAGGUUUCGGUGUCCACGGCCUGUGUCUACGAUUCUCUGCGUGCACGAACCGGCCUGUGAACCUAAAGAUUGUUCAGGACACGGCCGUUGCAUUAUGGGAAGGUGUGAUUGCUACUACCCAUGGACUGGAAGGGGUUGUACUAAUCUUAAGUGCUAUAAAGACUGCUCAUUCAACGGGAAAUGCACUCCACGCGGCUGUUUAUGCAAUGCUGGGUUUCAUACGUUAGACUGCAAUGUACCGUGUUCAGAAGGGUAUUAUGGGAUAAGUUGUACCGGAGUCUGUCUAUGCUUGAAUGGUGCCACGUGUAACGUUAGGAAUGGAUCAUGUGACUGUGCCGCGGGAUACAGAGGACGCGCUUGCGCAGAAGUUUGUGAUAUCGGAUAUUAUGGUAAAGGAUGCAAUAAAAAAUGUCAGUGUAAAGAUGGAUGUCCCUGUCAUCACGUGACCGGCAGUUGCAAUGGAAACGAGAGGAACACAGACGUACUACGAGUGUAUAAUUGUGUUGCGAAUGGUCUUCUAGAUGACACACAAAUACAGACCGAACAACUAGUGCAUUAUAGAAUGAUGACAUUAGCCCUUUUGGUGGUAAGCUUGGAAGCAUCCAUCAGCACCAUCCUCAAUAUACUCCUUCUCUAUAAACAAUUUCUCUCAAACCAUCACACAGCAGCCAUUGAACGAUAUAAACAGCCGUAA